CAACAGGAUAUAUCUAGAACUAGUAAAAGUAAAAAUACUCAAACUAGUGUAUCUAAAAGAACAGAGGGUAUAACUAUAACUACAGAAGAUAUAAAUAUAGAGAAAGACUCAAAAACUCAGGAAAUUAUCUUGACAACUGCUACUACUUCUGACAAGAAAAUAGCAUAA